UGUGGAAGAUAUUAUUUGUUCUCUAUUAUUUAGCAGUAGUUCAAGGACAAAUGGAUGACGAAGAUCAUUCCAUGUCAUCACUAAGAAAAGAUGCCAAAAAUUGCACCGACACGAUAAAGGUAUUACCUCAAGUAAACACUAUCCCUCCGGCUAUGGAAAAAGCAUCUGAAACCUACGAGCUCAAAUAUUUCGUUGGAGAGCACAAGUUUGGUGAAUUUUUGGUGUAUGAAAAAAAAUCCGAAAUAUUAUAUUUUGGAUCUCCAUUUAGUCCUCAAUUUAUCGCAGGAUAUCCCCUAAAAGGCGAUGGUCUUAAAGUGUCUAUUGUGGAUGUAGAAGUAACCCAAGAUUCAAAAACUGGAGAUUUUACGAUUACUGGUGGUGGUCCCGGCUUCCGCCACGUUGAGUUCACUUUACGUGCCUCCAAGACUCGUGUCUGGACUUAUCAUAUCAAGGUUUAUGGAACACUCUGGUAGCCAGCCACUGCUUUAUGACAACAAUAGCGGCAAAUUGGAGUUAAACUGAUUAAAAAAAAACAACUUAGUCUGUAAUUUACGUGAUUCCUAUACCAUUACAGAUGCAACGAUUCUUCAAUUAAAUUUAUAAAUCGAA